GCCAGCCCGCAGCGCCUCCCCAGCGCCUGCGCUCGCGCGUCGCUCCCCAAGACCAUGGGGAAACUGGUGGCUCUUACCUUGCUGGGCGCUGGCCUCGCCCUAAUCGGGGAGAGGUUAAUGACGCUUAGAGAAAGAACUAAUGCAUAUAGAGAAGUGGAGCCAGUAGAACCCCAGAACUGCCACCUUAUUGAGGGACUUGAAAAUGGCUCUGAAGAUAUUGAUAUACUUCCUAGUGGGCUGGCUUUUAUCUCCAGUGGAUUAAAAUAUCCAGGCAUGCCAAACUUUGCACGAGAUGAGCCAGGACAAAUCUUCUUGAUGGAUUUAAAUGAGCAAAACCCAAGGGUCCAGGCACUAAACAUCAGUGAUGGUUUUGACAAAGCAUCAUUUAAUCCACAUGGGAUCAGUACUUUCAUCGACAAAGACCAAAUUGUUUAUCUUUAUGUUGUGAAUCAUCCCCACAUGGAGUCCACUGUGGAGAUAUUUAAAUUUGAGGAACAACAACGUUUUCUGGUACACCUGAAAACUAUAAAACACGAACUUCUCAUAAGUGUGAAUGACAUUGUGGUUCUUGGAGCAGAACAGUUCUAUGCCACCAGAGACCACUAUUUUACCAACUUCUUGGUACUAUUAGAGAUGGUCAUGGAUCUUCAUUGGACUUACAUUCUUUUCUACAGUCCAAGAGAGGUUAAAGUGGUAGCCAAAGGAUUUAGUUCUCCCAAUGGGAUCACCAUCUCACCAGACAAGAAGUAUAUCUAUGUAGCUGAUGUAUUGGAUAAGAACAUUCAUGUAAUGAAAAAACAUGACAACUGGGAUUUAACUCAACUCAAGGUAAUCCAGUUGGGCACCUUAGUGGAUAACUUAACUGUUGAUCCUGACACGGGAGAUAUUUUGGCAGGAUGCCAUCCUAAUGCCAUCAAGCUGCUGAUGUAUAAUACUGAGGAUCCUCCAGGGUCAGAAGUACUUCGCAUCCGGAAUGCUUUGUCUGAGAAGCCCAGGAUAAGCACUGAGUAUGCCAACAAUGGCUCAAUGCUUCAGGGCAGCUCUGUGGCUUCUGUGUACCAGGGGAAGCUUCUCAUAGGCACCGUAUUUCACAAAGCUCUGUACUGUGUGCUCUAGAGUCCAGAUAUUC